GCUCAGCAGCUCCCGGUCGCACAACUCCCAGCAGCCGGCGGCGCCCGGGAGGUGGUAGGGGGGCGAGGAUGGAGGCGCCCAGCUAGCUUCUCGUGGGUGGCCCACACCCGGGGCCCCCUGUCCCCCUGUGCGCCCCUGAGCGGAGCUGGCGUUGUCCACUACCGACCCCGAGGAACCCGCAUCGGGGGAGGGGGUCCGGUGGGGGGGUCGUCUCGGGCGCCGAGCUUCAAGCUCGGGCUCUGUGGUCGAGCCCCCCGGGGCGCGUAAGGGGGGUAGUGAGCAUUGCAGACUGCAGCGUUCCCCUCCCCACCCCCCUUCCCGCACGCCACCGUGGGCUGACCCUGCCUCUCCAUCUCUCCUCCGCCCGGGCAGAGCCCUGCUGCAGCGCCUCUGGCUGGGAUAGCCGCCCCCCGUGGGGGCGAUGCGGACAGCGCGGGACAGCCUGGCGAGCGCGCGGGGGCCGCAGCAUGCGGGAGCCCGCUAAACCCGGUGGCUGCUGAGGCGGCCGAGAUGCUCGUGCGCGCAGCGCGCCCCACCGCAUCCUCGACCUUCCCCGGCUACAGGGACCGCAAGCGGCGACUAUGGGCCGACUGGGCUAUUGGACCUUGCUGGUGCUGCCGGCCCUUCUGGUCUGGCGCGGUCCGGCGCAGAGCCAGGCGGCGGAGAAGGGUCCCCCGGCGCUGAACAUUGCCGUGUUGCUGGGUCACAGCCACGACGUGACGGAGCGCGAACUUCGAAACUUGUGGGGCCCGGAGCAGGCAGCUGGGCUGCCCAUGGACGUGAACGUGGUAGCACUGCUGAUGAACCGCACGGACCCCAAGAGCCUCAUCACGCACGUGUGCGACCUCAUGUCCGGGGCGCGUAUCCACGGCCUCGUGUUUGGAGACGACACUGACCAGGAGGCUGUGGCUCAGAUGCUGGAUUUUAUAUCCUCACAGACUUUCGUCCCCAUCUUGGGCAUCCACGGGGGUGCAUCUAUGAUCAUGGCUGACAAGGAUCCAAUGUCUACUUUCUUUCAAUUUGGAGCAUCCAUCCAGCAGCAGGCCACCGUCAUGCUGAAAAUCAUGCAGGAUUAUGACUGGCAUGUCUUCUCCUUGGUGACCACCAUCUUCCCUGGCUACAGGGACUUCAUCGGCUUUGUCAAGACCACGGUGGACAACAGCUUUGUGGGUUGGGACAUGCAGAACGUCAUCACCCUGGAUACCUCCUUCGAGGACGCCAAGACACAAGUCCAGCUGAAGAAGAUCCACUCUUCCGUCAUCUUGCUUUACUGUUCCAAAGACGAAGCUGUCCUCAUCCUGAGUGAGGCUCGCUCCCUUGGCCUCACUGGAUACGAGUUCUUCUGGAUUGUUCCCAGCUUGGUGUCCGGGAACACAGAACUCAUUCCCAAAGAGUUUCCAUCAGGACUCAUUUCUGUCUCCUAUGACGACUGGGACUACAGCCUGGAGUCCAGAGUGAGGGAUGGGCUUGGCAUCCUCACCACGGCCGCAUCUUCCAUGUUGGAGAAGUUCUCCUACAUCCCCGAGGCCAAGGCCAGCUGCUAUGGGCAGACAGAGAAGCCGGAGACCCCGCUCCACACUUUGCACCAAUUUAUGGUCAAUGUGACAUGGGAUGGCAAAGACUUGUCCUUCACCGAGGAAGGCUACCAGGUGCACCCCAGGCUGGUGGUGAUCGUGCUGAACAAAGACCGCGAGUGGGAGAAGGUGGGAAAGUGGGAAAACCAGACCCUGAGCCUGAGGCAUGCCGUGUGGCCGAGGUACAAGUCCUUCUCAGACUGCGAGCCGGACGACAACCACCUGAGCAUCGUCACCCUGGAGGAGGCCCCCUUCGUCAUCGUGGAAGACAUAGACCCGCUCACCGAGACCUGUGUGAGGAACACCGUGCCCUGCCGGAAGUUUGUCAAAAUCAACAAUUCCACCAAUGAGGGGAUGAACGUUAAGAAAUGCUGCAAGGGAUUCUGCAUCGACAUCCUGAAGAAGCUGUCCAGGACCGUGAAGUUCACCUAUGACCUCUACCUGGUGACCAAUGGGAAGCAUGGCAAGAAAGUGAACAAUGUGUGGAAUGGAAUGAUUGGGGAAGUGGUGUAUCAGCGAGCAGUCAUGGCCGUGGGUUCGCUCACCAUCAAUGAGGAACGUUCAGAAGUGGUGGACUUCUCCGUCCCUUUCGUGGAGACGGGAAUCAGCGUCAUGGUUUCGAGGAGCAAUGGCACCGUGUCACCGUCGGCUUUUCUAGAACCGUUCAGCGCCUCCGUCUGGGUGAUGAUGUUUGUCAUGCUGCUCAUCGUCUCAGCCAUAGCUGUGUUUGUCUUUGAAUACUUCAGUCCUGUUGGAUACAACAGAAACUUAGCCAAAGGGAAAGCACCCCACGGGCCUUCGUUUACAAUCGGCAAAGCGAUCUGGCUGCUCUGGGGCCUGGUGUUCAACAAUUCUGUGCCUGUCCAGAACCCAAAAGGCACCACCAGCAAGAUCAUGGUGUCCGUGUGGGCCUUCUUCGCUGUCAUCUUCCUGGCCAGUUACACAGCCAACCUGGCUGCCUUUAUGAUCCAGGAGGAAUUCGUCGACCAAGUGACUGGCCUCAGUGACAAAAAGUUUCAGAGACCUCAUGACUACUCCCCACCUUUUCGAUUCGGGACAGUGCCUAAUGGGAGUACAGAGAGAAACAUUCGGAAUAACUAUCCGUAUAUGCAUCAGUACAUGACCAAAUUCAACCAGAAGGGAGUGGAGGACGCCUUGGUCAGCCUGAAAACGGGGAAGUUGGACGCUUUCAUCUAUGACGCGGCGGUGUUGAAUUACAAGGCCGGGAGGGACGAAGGCUGCAAGCUGGUGACCAUCGGGAGUGGGUACAUCUUUGCCACCACGGGCUAUGGAAUUGCCCUCCAGAAGGGCUCCCCCUGGAAGAGGCAGAUCGACCUGGCUCUGCUGCAGUUUGUGGGUGAUGGUGAGAUGGAGGAGCUGGAGACCCUGUGGCUCACAGGCAUCUGCCACAACGAAAAGAACGAGGUGAUGAGCAGCCAGCUGGACAUCGACAACAUGGCGGGCGUGUUCUACAUGCUAGCGGCGGCCAUGGCCCUCAGCCUCAUCACCUUCAUCUGGGAGCACCUCUUCUAUUGGAAGCUGCGCUUCUGCUUCACGGGCGUGUGCUCCGACCGCCCAGGGCUGCUCUUCUCCAUCAGCAGGGGCAUCUACAGCUGCAUCCACGGAGUGCACAUCGAAGAGAAGAAGAAGUCGCCCGACUUCAACCUGACGGGAUCCCAGAGCAACAUGCUCAAGCUCCUCCGCUCCGCCAAAAACAUCUCCAACAUGUCCAACAUGAACUCCUCCAGGAUGGACUCCCCCAAACGAACGGCGGACUACAUCCAAAGAGGGUCCCUCAUCGUCGACAUGGCGUCCGACAAGGGGAAUCUGAUCUACGCAGACAACAGGUCCUUUCAGGGGAAGGAGAGCAUUUUUGGGGACAACAUGAACGAACUCCAGACGUUUGUGGCCAACAGGCACAAGGACAACCUGAAUAACUACGUGUUCCAAGGACAGCACCCCCUGACGCUCAACGAGUCCAACCCCAACACGGUGGAGGUGGCCGUGAGCACGGAGUCCAAGGGCAACUCCAGGCCCCGGCAGCUCUGGAAGAAAUCCAUGGAGUCUCUGCGCCAGGAUUCUCUGAGCCAGAACCCGGUCUCCCAGAGGGAUGAGGUGAGUGUAGAGAACAGGACCCGCUCCCUCAAGAGCCCCAGGUACCUUCCAGAAGAGGUGGCGCACUCCGACAUCUCGGAAGCGUCGAGUCGGACCGCGUGCCUCAGAGAGCCCGACAACAAUAAGAACCACAAGACCAAGGACAACUUCAAAAGGUCCCUGGCCUCCAAGUACCCCAAGGACUGCAGCGAGGUGGAACGCACCUUCCUGAAAACCAAAGCCAGCUCCCCCAGGGACAAGAUCUACACCAUCGACGGCGAGAAGGACCCCCCUUUCCAGCUGGAGCCUCCCCAGUUCGUGGAAAGCCUGACCGUCCCCGACACCUACCAGGAUCACAACGACAAUUUCCGGAAGGGCGACGCCACGCUGCCGGUGAACAGGAACCCCCUGCAUCGCGAAGACGGCCCCCCCAACAACGACCAGUACAAGCUGUACGCCAAGCACUUCACCCUGAAAGACAAGGGGUCCCCCCACAGCGAGGGCAGCGACCGCUACCGGCAGAACUCCACCCACUGCCGCAGCUGCCUCUCCAACCUGCCCACCUACUCGGGCCACUUCACCAUGCGCUCCCCCUUCAAGUGCGAUGCCUGCCUGCGCAUGGGCAACCUGUACGACAUCGACGAGGACCAGAUGCUGCAGGACACCGGGAGCCCGGCCGCCCGCGACGAGGCCUACCGGCAGGACUGGACACAGAACAACGCCCUCCAGUUCCAGAAGAACAAGCUGCGGAUCAGCCGGCAGCACUCCUACGACAACAUCCUAGACAAACCCAGGGAGAUAGACCCGAGCAGGCCCUCCCGGAGCAUAAGCCUCAAAGACAGAGAACGGCUGCUGGAGGGCAACUUGUACGGGAGCCUGUUCAGCGUCCCCUCCAGCAAACUCUUGGGGAACAAGAGCUCCCUUUUCCCCCAAGGUCUGGAGGACAGCAAGAGGAGCAAGUCCCUCUUGCCGGACCACACAUCCGACAACCCUUUCCUGCACACGUACGGGGAUGAUCAGCGUUUAGUGAUCGGGAGAUGCCCGUCAGACCCGUACAAACACUCCCUGCCAUCUCAGGCCCUGAAUGACAGCUACCUUCGGUCAUCCUUGCGGUCGACCGCGUCGUACUGCUCCAGGGACAGCCGGGCCCCCAGUGACGUGUAUAUUUCCGAGCAUGUUAUGCCUUAUGCUGCAAAUAAGAAUAAUAUGUACUCUACCCCCAGGGUUUUAAAUUCCUGCAGCAAUAGACGCGUGUACAAGAAAAUGCCUAGUAUUGAAUCUGACGUUUAGAAGCUUCCAUUAAUGUUUUAUCUCUAGGGAAACAUGGAAUGGUCAGCGUUGUGGAGGGUAAAUGUCGGAGGCCCAGUUAUGCCCUGCUGGGAGAAACGGGGACUUAGGGAGGUUUUUUUUUUUUUGUAUUGAUUUAUUGAUUUAUUUUUCUUGGCUCUUUUUGCACAUGGCUCCAUGCCAUAAUCUUCACUCAAGGACCUUGUGGGGUGUGUGCUGAGCAUGGCCGAUAACAAGAUAGGUGAGUCCUUAACCAAA